CUCUUUCUACAUCAUCCUCAUUUCCCCUUUCAAAGCUUCAAGCUUUUUUUAUCUAUUCUCAUCUCAAAAUGGCUUCUGCUGAUGUCGAGUACAGAUGUUUCGUCGGUGGGCUUGCAUGGGCCACCUCCGACCGAUCACUUGAAGAUGCGUUUUCUCAGUACGGCGAGAUCGUCGAUUCGAAGAUCAUUAACGAUCGUGAGACUGGAAGAUCCAGGGGAUUUGGUUUCGUAACAUUCAAGGAGGAGCAAUCCUUGAGAGACGCCAUUGAGGGGAUGAAUGGUCAGAGCCUUGACGGACGUAACAUUACAGUUAACGAGGCCCAAUCACGAAGCGGUGGUGGAGGCGGUGGUCGCCGUGAAGGAGGAGGUGGAUAUGGAGGUGGUCGUCGUGAAGGCGGUGGUGGAGGAUAUGGCGGUGGUGGUGGAGGAUAUGGCGGUGGAGGCCGUGACCGUGGAUACGGUGGCGGUGACGGUGGUUCCCGUUACUCCAGGGGUGGUGGUGAAUCUGAAGGAAACUGGAGGAAUUAGAUUGGCGAACAUUUAGGUUUUAGUUGAUCGGAACCUUGUUUCUUGUUCUAUCUGCUAUCGUUUUCUUCGUUUUUGAUUAUCCCGUGAUUAAUGUGGUUCUGGUGUAAUGAUCUAUGCGAAAUUUUAUAAUGGAAUUGGAUCGAAUUCAGCAA